GCGCAGUCGCUAGAUGAAGACACGAUGGUGCAUAUCGAGGGCCUCUUGCCGAUCCUGGUCGAGCGCGCACCGUCGGGCUUGCCUACUCACAAGUCUUUGGUGCAAACCUUCGAGGAGCUCCGCGCUCGGCGUGGAGUUUUGGGUUGCGACCCACGCUUCGUGGUUCGAAGCGCCGCGCUGGCCGCCGAGAGCUGGCGCGCAAUGGCGAAGCGCAUCUGCGACGCGGCGCCGAUCGAGGAAAUGUUCAAGAAGAGUUCCCUCCAGGAGCUCUUCAACGCGAACGAGGUUGGAGACGGGAUCGGCAUCGAGACCGAUACUGAACAAGAGAGUGACGUAGAGGUAUGUGGCGUAUGCUGCAAGUACUCCGAGUGCGCCAGGGUGACCACUCAAGAUGGUGAUUCGGAGGAGCGCGUGGGGAUCCGUCUGCAGCCAUCGGCGGCCAGAGACGCGACGCCAAAGCAGUGCUGCAGGCCGAGGGCGGCACCGAGAAGGGCAAAUUUUCAGGUUGGCGCCAAGGAAAAGGGUGGCGCCAAGGAGGGCAAGAGUGGCGGUGAAAAGGGCGAAGGUUGCAUCAAGAAGGGCAAGGGCGGCGAAUA